AUGUCUUCCAACGGGGAUAGAAACGACCAACUUGAAGUGGCAAGACUUCUUGACGCAAACUAUUUUGAAGAUCAAGAGGUCAAAAUCAAGGAAGAACCCUUGGAGGAAGAGACUGGCGUCGACCAGUCUAUUCCUAUUUAUAAUCCGUCUUUUCAUCCAGAUCUUGAGAGCCAAGCUGAUGGAUAUCGUUCCAAUUCACCAGCUCUGUCCAUUCGACUACGAAGAGCUGAAAGACCUGCGUCUGAAAUGCACGCAUUCACGGCAGUUGGUGUGGCCGCUUUGACUAAUAACCGGCUUUUGCAAGAGCGUCUCAAUAGGUUAUUAUCUAUGCCGCACUCAGAAGACGAGUUCCCUGAUGAUGAGUUAUCUCAUACUUUAGGAUCUCAAUUAAAUGAUCGCGUUCACAACCCUGGCUAUAGCCAACCCAAUCCUGCCUAUUCAGAAACUCACCAUAAGCAACUUGAGUCUCACCCACCUCAAAUGUCCGGUUAUCCUCAAAAUUCAUUUACGCCAGAGCAUCCUAAUCAGUUGGAUGGUUCCCUUGAUCAUCAGUUUCCACAAACACCUUUCUCUGAUGAUCUAGAUGAUACAAUAGAAGUUGACUCGACUAUUUUCAACACCAUGGUUCCUUCCGAAGAUUUCUCCGCUAGCCCGACCCCAACUCUGCAACAAGAAGUUUUAUUUGAGAACCGAGCACCCUCUGCACGUCGUGCAGGUCGUCAAACAAGACGCGAGUCUGCCACGUCUAGAACCAAUAGAGCUGGUGUUGGGAGUCAGAGACACCGUGCCAGACGUGCAGAAGAUUUUGCUCCUCCCCCUGGUGCGAUGACUGCUGCCGAUGUGAUGGCUGUUCACGAGAACAAUAUCCGUCGUAGAAACAAGCGGUACAAGAGAGCCGGCAUUAAGCAACCACCUCUCGACGAUAUUGAACAGGAAGUUGUCGAAACACUCAACGAACUUGGUGUCUCGAUCGAUGCCAACGACAUGUAUCUUCAGCAUGUCUAUUCACAUAGAGAUACGACGCUUGAUGGAAGUUUGAACGAAUCCGCAGACAGCACGAUCGAUACAAUGGAUACUGAUGAGACAGUAGUACCACUUCUUCCUAGUCUUCCCGAGGAACCUGACUUUCCAACAAGCGCUCGCUGGCGAAGCCGUGGGCCAGACGGCCAGGCAAGAGCAAGAUGGGGAUCUGCUCGAUGGCGAGCAAAGGGAAAGGCACAAAAAACGCAAGCCUGGAAAGAUGCGACCGAAGAUGAAAGAGAGGCAAUGGAAACUGCUGCAGCAAAUGCUGUUGUGUUCAUUGCAGACCCUAUUCCGGUUGGACCUGUACCACUACAAUCUCUUGUACCAUGGUUGAGAUCAGAAAGAGCUAUCCUCUUACAAGAAGUGACCGACAAUAACAAAAGAAUCCAGACUUCGAGCAAGAGAUUAGAUACAGUGGCUGAAGCCUACAACCGGCGCAUGCAAACCAGAACACAAAAAGCGGGAGAGCUUUGUAUUGCUACUGGUAACGGUGAAUCUCGCAAGAAUUCGCGGUUAGUAAAAGACCGCACUCCACCACAUAGGACAGCAGAGGCGAUCAUGUCCAACUUAAAAAAGUGGUCGGAAUUGGGGGAUACCUGUCUAUGCAGCCAACAUCAGCGGUAUCCUGUCGGUGAUUUCGAACGAAGUGGAGAUUUUCCCCAUGGCCACGGGGUUGGGGAAUGCAUACCCAAGAACCGCAAGGAUGAUGCUUGCCAUUGUGAUGAUCAUCUUCGAGAUUUCAAUGGGGAGUUCCCUCCAGGACAUACAAAGGCUCGUUGUAGUCACCUUCUCAUUCGAUCCAACAAGUGA